AUGAGCCAACCAUGGCUCGACAGCCUGUCGGACGACUGGCCGUCGUUGCCUGCGUCGCCCACCACGCCCGUCCCCAAACAAGACCAGCUCGACCAGCUCGACUCGCCGCGGACCGUCCAGAAUUCUCCUAGUCGCAUUCCGGUGCCUGCCCGCCGCUCCGGCGAUCAACAGUCGCCCGCCAGCAGCAAGCCGUCCAAGCCAGCCCGACGGGACUUUUCGAAAAAAGUCACCCGGCCCUGUCAUUUCAUCAAACGCGAGCCACCGACCCCCAAGACUCCUCGCACUCCCAAAACACCCGCCAAACAGCGGUCGCCCGCCCCCGCGAAAUCCAAAACAAACACCCCCAAGUCCCCCAGAGCCACCACGAGCACCAGCCCCAAGCGCAGUCCGAAGUCCACGAAGCCCUCCCCCGUCGCGGCGGGCAAGCAGCCCACCAUGGACACGCGCUCCCCGCUGCGGUCGGUGUCCAAUGUAUCCAGCCAGGCCAGUUUCCAGAGCACCGACACCGUUCAGAUUAAACCGACGAAGGGGCAAGAGGAGGGAGCGCCCACGCCCGAAUGGCGCAAAAGACUGGUGCAAGGCGAGAUCGCGGCCGGCGAACAGCGGGACCUGUUUGCGCCAAUGGGUCUCGAGAGCGUCUUCAAGCCUCCGACGCCGGGCUCUGCGACGGCCAAACCAGGCUCGAUCCGAUUCACCAAACAGGAGGAUGAUCAAUUGUGGGAUUUCACCGACACAUCGCGACGCGACAGCGCAACGCGGGACGAGGAAGACAACAUCAAUGCUGCCAAGGCCGCGAAUGCCCCGAACGCCAACGAUGCCCACGGACAGGAACGCGAUCGCGACGACACCGAAUAUUCAGGAACCGGGAUGGAGUCACCAAUGGGUACGGUCAAUCGUGCACCCUGGGCAAACAAGUGCAAUGGACAUGGCGAAGAAGACCCCUCCCAAGCAGACGAUACGGGGUUUCGAACCGCGAGUGGACUGGAGGAUCUUCGCAAUGAGGGUAUCUCUCCGAUCAUGUUUACGCGUCCGAACACGCUUGAUGGCAAUGGCACGUCUGAAGUGAUCAAAUCGGCUCUAAAGCAAGUGACAAACAAGCUCGAGAGCCUGUCGGUCGACAACAGCCGCCCUGAUUCCCCGGCCAGCGACAGCCUCCUCUUCUACAACCACAGCGAACCCCGGCCUGAGGGCUCGCCGCACGACGACAGUCUGCUGGAUGUGACGAGCCACUCGCUCCCGCAGGAUCUCUCGAUGGGCACCAUCGAUUUUAGCCGCCGCGCAGGUAGCCGCCCUUUCCCCCAGCGCUUCUCACCAUCGCCCUUUCCCUCACAACGCAUGUCCCCCGCAACGCUCGCCAACAUCAAAGUCCGCAGCUCGCCGCUUUUCAACCCUGCACGCAAAACUGGUUCGCCUUCCCUGCCUCGUCCUUCUUCAUCUCACGUGCGACCCUCAACAUCUGGAGAUGCAACAACAAAGGAAGGUGCCAUGCCUUCGUCAGGGAGUCCAUUGAAGCUGUUUGGAGAGCAUGAUACUUUCACAAACAACCGUCUACUGCGGCGCAUGAGCCAGUUCGAGGAAACCUUUGAAGAUGGGUCGGAUGGCGACGAGCCUCCAUCCCCGUCAGAAGAGGCUCGGCGCAAGGGCGAGAGCCGCAGCUUCUUGAAUGCUAGACAUGAGCCGUUGAGUGAAAUAUCACCCCGACGGAACGAGCGUCUAGCAUCCCGCAACACCCCCCGUCCCCGCGUCAACAAGUUCGGAGACGGGGAGCUCGAUAAGUUCGACUUCUCCGACGCGAGCCCAUACGAGCAUCAAUUAGUAUACGAUGCGUCCCAAGCGUUUGGAUCGCGUCCCACCUCGCGAAGACAAACGUCGAUUCGACAGCAAUAUCUUCGCCAUCCCUCCUCGCAAUUGGGUUCUUUGCGUUAUGCUCGGUCCGCCAGUUCUGGGUUUACUCGUAAGCCAUCAGCGUGGACCCGCCAAAGCUACUUCGACCACCUGCGUGAUGCUUCAUGGUCCUCUCGCGUGAACCGAAAGGAAAACCUGGGUUUCUCGGAAACCAAAAGAGUGCCUAAAGCGGCAGCAGACCCAACUCCUAAACGCCGUCGAACAAUACUGCGCGACACCGCUGAGCCUGACCACCCGCGCGUCAACAGUGAAAACCCCCAGAAGUUUGACGACAGCAUGUCAUUGUUGCAACGCAGCCUACUACAGCACGGUGUUCAGAUAGAAACUGGCGACUACCUUGCCCCUCCUGGUCUUUCUACCUCCAUGCAGCGGCCUCGAACACCCACGCCCAGCCAAAUUCGCCUUUCCCAGGAAGCGUCGAAAGGACAGACUCGGGACUUUUCCGAAUCCAACUUCGACGAGCUUGAUUAUUCCGACUCCUUUUCCCUCGAAGGCGACAUCCCGCUGGUCAAAAUUACUGGAACUAGUGACACAUCCCGCAAAGGAUCUAUCACUACCCAGGAUUAUUUGAACGAAGCCACAAAGAUCAUGGAUCUCAUCCGCGCCAAAGGUCGACCUGCUGACGUGAUGACGAGUCUACAAGAGUCUGAUGGAGAUAGCGAAGAGGGAAACUUCAGCUACGAGGAUGAAUCUACGCGUGAAGCCUUUUCUCGACCCCCCAGCCGGGAAGGCGCCGAUCUUCGCAAAAUGCGGGAACCGAGGGAGAUGAGCCCACAAAUUCUGAACCACCUCAAGAAAUAUCAGGAGAAAGAAGACGUGGAGUUUGGUGCUAAUGACAUGUCACUGAACCUCCACCAAGGGAACAAGACCUCCGCUGAGCCCAAAAUGGGACAGCUAGCUCCUGAAGAACGGAAGCGAAAACCUAGUGGCCCCAUUGACGACAUUGCAGCGGACAUUGCUCAAGAUCUGAUGACAAUCAAUACGCAAAUGUCCGGAUUCAGUAUCAAUUCUGUCCCAACCGGCUCCUCGCAGAACUCGCAGGCGAAGGGGAUGCUCUCUUCUGAUCUGGUGUCCCAUUUGAUCCCCGAGCAGGUCAAUGGCUUCACAUACGACCGAUCAAAACACCAAUGGGUCAAAGGCGAUGGCGAACCACUGGCCAGGAAAAUUCCUCGAGAGGACGGAGAGGAUGACCCAUUUCAGGAUAUUCCGGACUUGAGUGUGGAUGAACUACAGGAGAUGAUGCGAGUCCAUGGAUUAAGCUCUCCCACGAAGAGUACCGAGGAGCCACGUACACGGUCUUCGUCUGGGGCCAAUGGUUCGCCUAAAAAAGUCAGUAUCCGCCCUCAUACGCGAGAUGGGGACCCAUCUAUAACGAUAAGUUCCGUCAAGUCUGGAGCAUCACGAUUUACGGCCAGUGUCCCCAACUCUGGUACCAGAGAUACUUCGUGGGGAACCCACGAGCUGCCCAGAAAGCGAAAUGCCGAAGAGGCCUCGACUCAGAAGGAUUCUGCGCCAGCAUCUGAAACGCGACCAAGGCCAAACCGUGUUCCUACUAUCAGCUUUUCGUCGCCUCUUGUUUCACAUGUUGCUUACAGAGAGGACUCUGAUGCUCCGGAUUCCCCUGCCGAUUUAGGAGACUCUUCUCAUCCUGAAGCCCAGAAAGACGGGGCAGCUCAUACAGACAACGUAAAUGGCUCAGUGCGUUCAGCCAGACAAGAAACAGUUGCAGGUCAACCGUUCAUCCGACGCCCAAUCUCCAGAAUUGAGGAGCGCAACGAGGAAGGGGCUGAUGAGUUCAGCCUUGUUCAGAGAGACGAGGAAAUGCCGGUUCAGAGAACACCCAAUGCUGCGGGAAACUCUUUAGUUCCCAUGAACAAUAAUGGUCAGGAUACGAGCUACAGUUUCCACAUGAGUCCACUGGCCGACUUCUCCGUCAACGAGCCAGACCACCCCUUGAACCUGGAGAUGAGUUACGUGGCGCAUCGUACCCACCCGACUUCUUUGCGCCAAGUGCAUGGUACUUUCGCUCUGGCAACAGAGGAUUUGAUCAAACACAUCACGGAUGCUGAGGCUUAUGAGCCUUACUGGGAGCAUAUUCGCCGAUUGAUUCUGCCUCAGAAAGGCUUGAUUACCUUGCACAAGCUCAGCGACUUUUGCCCUCGCCUUGAGGAGCUGGAUGUGUCCGACAAUGACAUUGGUCAAUUGAGUGGCAUCCCUUCAUCUCUCCGAACGCUCAAGAUUCCCCGCAAUUGUCUUUCGAACCUGACUCCUUGGAGCCACCUGACCAAUCUGCAAUAUCUUGACAUCUCUGGAAACGACAUCGAGACACUAGACGGCUUUUCCAGUCUGAUACAUCUAAGAGAGUUGAAAGCAAACGAUAACCAAAUCCGCAAUAUCGACGGAAUUCUCGAUUUGAAUGGGCUCUUGAGCCUCAAGCUGAGCAACAACUCGGUGACAACUGUGGAUUUUGAAGGUGCCGAAUUGACACGACUGCGAGAUCUCGAUCUGAGCCAUAAUUGCUUGACAUCUGUCCAUAACGUUGAGUGGCUCCCGUCGCUUGUCACUUUGGACCUCAGCGCCAACCAGAUCGGUCGAUUCGAGUCAUCCAACGCCAUGAUUAGCCUGCGAGCCCUGAAACUUUCUGUGAAUAAAUUGGACGUCUUUGAUGUCACAUCUUUUUCGUCCGUGAGCUUGCUCUACCUCGAUGAGAAUUCAUUGUCUGGUAUUGCCGGACUGCAGCACUGCCACAAUUUGGAGGUGCUAUCUGUCCGGGAACAGGCUCAAUCGCAAUCGAACUGUGCGUUGGAUCUCGAAUUGGGAUCCGUUAAGGAUGUGCGAAAGAUUUUCUUGUCAUCUAACAAACUUUCACCCACCUGUUUGUCACCUUCAUCUCCUUUGCUUCGGCUGCAACUCCUCGACAUUGCAGGGUGCACGCUGAAUGCUCUUCCAAGCGACUUUGCUGUCAGCUACCCCAAUUUGAAGGUCCUGAACUUGAACUUCAACUCCAUUACCGAGUUGGAGCCAUUAGUUGGAAUGAACUGCUUGGCACGACUGAUGGUGGUCAACAACCGACUUGCAAGAAUGCGCCGCGUCUGCCAAGUUCUGAGUCGACUCGGUCGAACCGGCCGGAAAAGCCCAUGCUCGCUCCGCAAGCUUGACAUCCGCAAUGGAACGAACGCAGAAAAACAGAAACUCAAGUACCAAGAAAAUGCUGUUGUUCAUCAUCAACAAGGUCAUCGGGAUCUUUCGGACGCUUUGGACGAUCUUGAUCGCAACGAUCCAGUUGACCAUGUUGUGACAUGGGAGGAUGGCACGAAGCUUAACAAGGCUCUUGAGGUCAAUGAUCCGUUUACCUUGCCCGCUGCCGACCCCGAGGCGGAUCAGAAAUACCUGAAUCGUCUAGACAAAGCUACAAGACUGCGUCGCAGUGUCCUCGAGCUUCUUUUGUACGCUGGCACAAGUGGCUCACUGCAGCACUUGGAUGGACUGGACCUUCGACCAUGCCUGGGUGAAGAUUCUCCGGACAUGGAGCGAGCUUGGACGAAGCUGGAACAGCUGGGUGUGCUUCGUCGCAAAGCAAUUACGAACGACGCAUAA